GGGCUGAAGCCGACAGGCGCGGAAGCCGGCGCGGCGUCAAGUGGAGCUCCGACGCACGGACCAGGCCCAUUUCCCUUUCAUCUUUGUCUUCAGCAUGGGGGAGCAGAACCACUCUCCCGGGAAGGAGCUUCAGCCCAGGACACGUGCAGAGGCUCCAGGAAAGAAAAGCUGGCAUUCCCAGGCCUAUGCCCUUGGGGCCGUUUCCAACUCUAUGUCUACUUUUCUGACCUUUCCUAUCUAUAAGUUUGUGUUCCGGCAACAGAUCCAUGCCAUGGCAGUGUCAGAGGCUGUGAGACAGCUUUGGCGCGAAGGUCCUCAAUACUUCUACUGGGGAACCUACCCUCCUCUUCUCUCCAAGACGUUGCAAAGGACUCUUCUGUUUGGGACUUAUGAUAGCCUGCUGUGCUUUCUCUCUCCUGUUGGGCCACAUACCCUGGGACACCACUGGGUUGCAGGGGUCAUGUCUGGCCUGGUGGAGGCUGUGGCACUCAGCCCCUUUGAAAGGGUGCAAAAUGUACUCCAGGAUGGUCACAAGCAAGCUCGCUUCCCCAGCAGCUUCAACAUUCUUGAAGAAUGCAAUUCUUAUGGGCUUUGGGGGCAGCUGUCACGGGGCUACUACCGUGGUUUCUGGCCUGUCCUGGCCAGGAACAGCCUGGGGAGUGCUCUAUAUUUUUCUUUCAAGCACCCCAUCCAGGAUGGCCUGGCAGAGCAAGGCCUGCCCCAUUGGGUUCCUGCCUUGUUGUCUGGUAGUGUCAAUGAAACAAUCACCUGCCUAGUUCUGUAUCCUCUGAUUGUGCUGGUUGGUAAUAUGCAGUCCCAUAUUGGAUGGCAGAGCAUGCCAAGCCUGUGGGUCUCUGCCCAGGAUGUGUGGAACACUUGGGGCCAAAAGCUACUCCUGAUCCUCCUGAUCUACCGUGGAGGCUCCCUGGUCAUCCUAAGGUCCAGGGUGACAUGGGGCCUCACUACAGCAAUCCAUGAGUAUCUGUAGAGGAAGUCACACUCCAGGAAAGAGCUGAAGACUGACUAGCUGCAGAAAGUGUGGCCAUGCCAUCUUUGUUAUUCUAAAUCUUCCCUGCUUGGUUCUAUGUAGCUUACUUCUUUGGCUCAGUUGCCUAAUACUUUAGCAUCUGUAAACUCAUUGCAUGGGAGAAGUUCCCAACUACCAACCUGUUGAGCAAGGACAAAGCCCAACAGGAUUCCUUAGUCAAAAAGAAACGUUCGCCCCAGUCUCUCCACAGCUUCAGUAGCCUCAGAGCCAGGAGGCCUUUAAAUAACGUGUAACACAGAUUAAGUGUCAUUCAUUUAAGGAAUUCCUUGGCAAUAAGCAGAAACUUAAAAGAUGACCUUAUUUAGGCACUUUGAGCUCUGGGACCCCUCUAGGUGUCCUCCAGACCAAAUUGAGUGGAACUCCAAUUUCAAAGAACUAUGCUUGACUCUUAGGAUGGGAAUUCCAUAAAACUUCUCAGAUGGCUACAUUUUCAUGACAUUGUUCACUGCCUCUACCACCACCUCUCACUUCUCAAGGCUGUGGGUCCUACUUUUAGGGUAGCAGCUGUGACUGGAAAUCCCAAAUUAGGCUUGCGUGAACUCAUCAGGUGCCACAAGAACUAGUGGGGCUGGAGAUGGGAGUGUGAAGAAGUAUGGCCCAUGGAUGGAAAGGAUAAAACUUCGAAAGAAGAGAUUUAAUUACAUGCAAAAUAGAAACAUUUGCUAUAGUCUGCUUGGUGUUAUUUGCUAGGACAUUUCUGACAGCAAAGUGAUAACAUUGCCUAGAAACUAUUUUAGUUUCCCUAAGAAACCUGGAAGUGAAGUGACCAUAUCUCUUCACAGAUAAUUGCAUAUUUUGUUGAUGUGGUAAAUGUAGUUAGUAUGACAUAAAGAUCAGAAAUCUUAGCCUGUCAUUCAGAGCCUUUCAAAAUACGGUCCUCAUAUAACUUUCAACAUAUUGUCACCCCACUUACAUAAACCCCAAACACUAGCCAUAAUGAACUCUUGUUCUCUCCCCAGACAUUCCAUGAACUUUCCCAUGGCCAUACUUUGGCCCACACUAUUCUUUCCACCUGCAGUGCUCCUUCUUCACAUGCCAGUCUACCAGAAUCCUUCCAGCUCCUCAAAGCCCAGUUCAGAGGUCACCUUCUCUAUGGAGCCUCUUGAUUUCCCCCAACUGAAUGCGACAUUAGUCUCUGUGAUGCCCUUUUCUAACAGCACUUCAUACAUGGUACUGAUUCUAUUAUGUCACUAAUCUCAUGUGACUCUGUUCUUGUAUUCUUCAAUACCUCCUACUAGACCAUAGAACUUAUUGAAAGCAGGGAUUCUUGUAUGCAUUUUUAAAUCUUCCAUUGUGCCUAGGUGCUCAAUAACGUUGGUCGAAUUAUUGAAUUUAUUAUCAAGCUGUGAUGUGGUAUAUUCUCUGGGUACUGUCCCUUGUACACGAAGAUAAACUUAUUGACUCACUGUCAGCAGGACACAUGCCUUUGGGCUGUGUUUUUGUUUUCUUUUAAUAGCGGAUUUAGUUUUGUGCUAAUGAUAAUGAUGCUUCUACUGAUGAUAAUAGUAAUAAUAAAAAAUUACUUUCAACUGGAA